AGGGAAUUAAUUUUUGUGCGUGACACAUGGAUCCACAGACGUGAUAGAUCUAACAGAUGUGAGGAAAAUACCGGAGCGACAACAAGACAAUGAGUACACCAGCAUGAUGAGCAAAUUGUUACUGUGCUCGGUAACAUUAUUUUUGUUUUUCUUGAGCUUCGAUGGAAAAAGCGAGUCAGCAGCUCUCCUUCCCAAUACUGUCGCUUUGAGCAUUGCAGACGAUCCACCGGAACAUUGUGUGCACACACCGCCUACACUGACACGGAAAGUUUGGGAAAGAAAAACGUGUCUGUCUGUUUUUCGGCGGUCAAAGAACGUACGAACCAAACCCAGAUGAACUGGCGUCGCAUGACAGUAACUUUCGAGCAAGAGGUCUUGAGCGUUACCAUCAACCUUCGGCGUGUCCCAGUCUUUGCAGCGGGCGCCAUAUUUCAAAUGGCUGGAGGAGCAACAAUGUCUGUCUAUAGUUUGAUAAGAGAUCUUUUUCCUGAGCUUUUCGUGUCCUACUUUAACGGGUUUGGAAGCUCAGCUGGGAUUUUGAACAACUCCGUCCUUUUUACUGGCCAGAUCAACGACAGGUUAUUUGAAGGGACAAAUUAUUUAUCACAAUACCGGCGCUCGCCACUCCCUGCAGUGCUCUCACAACACCACCCCAGUCUCAGACUUCCAUUUGCUAGAUCGCUGCAUUCAGUGUCAGGCGUUUAUGCCGUCAUUAGGCCAGAGUUUAAGCUCUCCUCUAGGCUGGAGAACUGUCAGUAGUCCGGCAUGUAAAAAACGACUCCGUCGAGGCAGCCAACGCGGCGCUCCUGGGUAGAGGGGUCGAUCCACACGAAAACGCCUUCAGAAUCCUCCGAAAGGCAUCCAGAUAACGUCAUGGUUUCCUCGGCUGCUGAGAGCAGCUUGCCACCGAUUCCUCACUAUACCAAGAGCGACAGUGAUCUUUUGACGACUGAGGAGUUACCCGAACGCCAGCAUGAUCCUGCAGAUUCUGAAAGUGGCGUGAUUGCAAAGACAGUUAAGUCCACCCGAAGCCGCAGGAUGGCUGCGACUUCGGAAGACGCCAAGCAGAUGACAGGUGAUGCACUUUUAGACGCGGUGAAUGCAGGGAGUGAGGAAGAGAAACGUGUUGCGAUAGAGAGACUAGGUACAGCAAGCGGAUCAUCGUCUAUACAUCAUGUACUGAAAAGGAGCAACGGAAGCAGAGCAACUAGAAGCAUUAACCCCUUAGCUGCUGGGAGCAGUGAGUCAGCCACAGACAGGGACUUUUCCCAGCGCGAUGAUACUGCAAGAAGUGAACCGCCAUCGAAGACUGUUGUCUCCACAAUACCUUUGGUCAGUGACGGCAGUAGUAAUAUCGUGCAAGGCAUUACACCUUCCGCAAAGGUGCGCAUGCGCAGCCAUGGUCAGACGGACACGAGGCGAAGCGAACGGAGGUGGGGAUCGAGAAAAACGCGGUCCGCCGAGAACGGGGGUACCUUAAAGGAUUCGAUGCAGACAACUAGCUGCUCGCUGCACCUGGUGGCGGACCAUCUGUUCUUCUCGGAGAUCGGGGGUAGCAGCCCGGCCAAGACCGUCAACCUGAUGCUGGCCAUCGUCAUGGGGGCCGAUGCGCUCUUCCGCUCCACAGACUUCAACGGCGACGGGCUGAGUGACAGCAUAGGCUUCCUGGUGAAGAACAUCACUAUCAUUCGUUCGCCGGACACUGCCUUUUACAGCUACUCGCGCAGCAACAGCAACGCCUUUCAGUACCUCAAGAGCUUCUCCACGGCCGACUUCAGUGACGUGUGCCUGGGCGUGGCCUUCACUGCCAUCGAUUUCGAGCGCGGGGUGGUGGGGCUAGCUUGGUAUGCAUCGUCUACCACGGUAGGGCUGGGCAAAGGAGGCAUUUGUGCACAGCGCGUGCGCUUACCAAAUGAGAAAGCGGAGUUCAGCUUCAACACCGCCAUAGUAACUUUCAUCAACCAUGGCACCACAGUUUCCAUGGAACGAGCCAUCCUUACCGUAGCGCAUGAAUUCGGCCAUUGCUUCGGUAGCAGCCACGAUGACGACACCAAAGGUCGGCGUUUGAAAAACUCGGGCUGCAGUCAAAGCCUCGAAACUGGGUCAUACCUGAUGCAGCGUUACCGCCCAGCACAGUACCAUCCGAAUAGCUACCUCUUCUCACCCUGCUCAGUGCGUCAGAUUUAUCCUGUAAUCGUGCGAAAGGGCUCCUGUCUCAUCCGGUAUGCCGGUCCGUCUUGCGGCAAUGGAGUCCUAGAGGAGGGCGAGGAGUGUGAUUGCGGCAUGACGGCCAGCGCCUGUCAGUUCAGCGACCCUUGCUGCACCCCAGCUGAUGCCCCUCCCUCCAGCGCAGACCGUCCGUGUACCUUCAGACGCUCAGAGGGCAUGCAGUGUUCCCCCGUCAUCUUCUCCUGUUGCUCUGCCUCCUGCAGGUACAUAACGGAAGCCGAGCAGGUGGUGUGUCGGGAGGAGAGUGACUGCUACAGUAGAUCGACGUGCGACGGUAGCGGGCCACGCUGCCCCUCUCCCACGCUCAAGCCGGACGGAUGGCCAUGCCACGGCAAUGUCCGCACUUGUGUGGGCGGCAGGUGCCAAGAUUCGCCAUGCCGCAGGUCGGGUUUACACGACUGUUUUUGCUCGGACCUAGCAGAUGACCAGUGCAAGUUGUGCUGCCGCGAAGCGCCAGGCUUGCCGUGUCGUGCAGCACGCGCCUUCAACAUCGUAGACAGCACGGGCCAAGACAUCCUUCUUCUAGACGGCGAUGCCUGCCUCGACUACAGAGGUGUCUGCAGCAGCAGCAGCAGCAGCGGCAAUGGCGACGCAUCCGUCGGGCGGAAGUGCGUCACGGACGACGCGCCAGAACAAAGCUUGGCGGCGCUGCUGGGCUCGUUCGAGCCGGACGGGCCGGCGGCCAGACGGUCUACGUGGGUGUACAGCUCCUUCAUCUUUGUCCUGCCCGUCAGCAUGUUUGUGGUGGCGCUGCGCCUGAAGUGGACGUCCAAACUGACGCAAUACGCUGAUCGACUGAAGGGAAGUGCGGCCAGGAGUAGACAAAUGCGCAGUCUCGAGGCUGCCGCACACAGGCAGUCUCAUCUUUUCCGGCAAGAGGUUUGCAAAAUCAACGCCAUGUGCCAGGUGAUCUACACUGGCCACCACUACCCAAGCCUUAUGGGUGCCUCCACUCACAAGCCUCCUCGGCCGAUCUGGAAUCACGCUGGCAUGGACCACGUCAUAUUUGUGAAUCAGUCGCAACAUCUGGCGAGAGCUCCGAGUCCGCAACACUACCUUCGUGGAAUGGAAGAGUGUCCAUGGUAUAUUGACUAUCGGAGAGACGGUGCUGCUGACGAAAAGUUACCACAGUCAGUUGAAUCAAUCCGGGCUGCGAGCGGCGCUAGUCGAGACGGGGACAUCUUUUACCUUAGAGAAACGGAUUUUAGAACAAGACAGGCCAUUUUUCACUCCUGCUUAUCUGGGACGGGCUCCGAAAACGAACAGUUGAGUGAGAUCUUCAGCCUGGAGAGGGGGAAACCUGCGGGAGAAGUCGCAAACACAUCACGAGAGACACCGACGCCAACUCUCCGCCAAUCGCAGCUCACUGCGCUCACCCAUGUGAGCCACGUUCAAGAGGAGAUCGAACGUAUGACGUCACUAAAGACUCUCUCAAGGCCCGACAUCGAGAAACAUGGUGUAGAACAGUUUAGUCCUGGAACGCUGUCCCAGGCUUCCCAGGACGGCCCACAAUUUUCGAUCUCCGAGAGUAGCACGGCAAGCUGCUCGGUUGGCCUGGCUUCUGGCUCUCUGUCUUCAAACGGCAGCGAAACCUAAGACACAGCAACCUUCUUCAAAGAUUUUCAUCGACCAACACGUCCCAGAAAUGCUCAACAUACCGGUUUAUCCCUUUCACAGGAAGAAUCAAUGUAACGGUUGUUUUUGUCAAGGUUCAAGAUUGGUCUAAAGGUUUUACUUUACUGCAAGUGGAUAAAGUCUUAUGAAUCCCACUUAUCGUUUGGCUUGUGGCGUUAAUUUAACGGCAUCCGAUUAGUUAUUUUUCAGGAUAAAACGAACAUUUACUUUUUUUUUUU